UAUUCUGAAACACCCUGUUCUGAUCUGAUCUACUGUGGACGUUGCUCUGACACUGUCUGUGGUCUCCAUAAUGAAUGAUGUCUCUGCUCUCCCCUCCAACCACACAGACUGUCAGGUGGUGAAGGUACCCCACCUGGUGUUCUUAGUGUUGGGUAUGGUGUCUCUCAGUGAGAACCUGUUGGUGGUGGUGGCCGUGGUGCGCAACAAGAACCUCCACUCCCCGAUGUACAUGUUUAUCUGUAGCCUGGCCACGUUCAACACCAUCUCCUCCCUCUCCAAGACCUGGGAAACCCUAAUGAUGGAGUUCAGCGAUGUCGGACAACUGGACUCCCGAGGGGACUCCGUCCGGAGGGUCGAUGACAUCAUAGACGCACUGCUCUGCAUGUCUUUUAUCGGCUGCAUCUGUAGCUUCCUGGCCAUCGCUGUGGAUCGCUACGUCACCAUCUUCCACGCCCUGCGCUACCACAACAUCAUGACCACGAGGCGAGCCGCCAUCGCCCUGGCGGGGAUCUGGGCGCUAUGCGGCGUCGCCGGGGCCGUCAUGGUGGCGUUCUGUGACGCCACGGUCAUCAAGAUCUUUUUCAUCGUGCUCUUCCUCAUCUCGCUGCUCCUUAUCCUCUUCCUCUACGUCCACAUGUUCCUGCUGGCUCGGUCCCACGCCAGGAAGAUUGCUGCGCUGCCCGGGAGUGCCAUGCCGCACCGCAGCCUCCGGGGGGCGCUCACGCUCACCAUGCUAUUCGGGGUGUUUGUGGUGUGCUGGGCGCCUUUCUUCCUCCACCUCCUCCUCCUCAUGGUGUGUGUAGAGAACCCCUACUGUGAGUGCUACCGCUCUCUGUUCCAGCUGAAUUUGGUUCUGCUGAUGAGUCACGCCGUGGUCGACCCGGCCAUCUACGCCUUCCGCAGCGCAGAGCUACGAAACACCUUCAGGAAGAUGCUGUUCUGCUCCGACUCACCACUCUGCUACAAGGUCAAAGCUCUGUUCCACUGAAGGGCUUUGUCUGCACCCUAUUCCCUAGAUAAUGCACAACUUUCCACCAGAGUUUUUGACCCCGUGGGGCUUGGUUAGAGGUUGGUUAGAGGUAGAUACCCCAUAAUGACAUCACAAUACCCCAUAAUGACAUCACAAUACCCCAUAAUGACAUCACAAUACCCCAUAAUGACAUCACAAUACCCCAUAAUGACAUCACAAUACCCCAUAAUGACAUCACAAUACCCCAUAAUGACAUCACAAUACCCCAUAAUGACAUCACAAUACCCCAUAAUGACAUCAAAACAGGUUUUUUGAAAUGUUUGCACAUUUAUAACAAAUAAAAAAA